ACGAAGCUGCUAGUGCAGGGGCCCAGUCAACCGACACUCCGGAACUUGUGUUUAAAAAGGCCGCCAUAUUUAGACAAGGUUCGAGGCAACGUGAGAAACUCAAUCACUACAAAAAUGUCUUCUGCAUCAAUUGAUGAUGUUACCAAACAGCUUGCCCAGACGACUGUGGCCCCACUACACGAAGUCAGUUUCAAAGGAAAAGGUCUAAAAUUAAACAAAGCCGAAGAUGCCAAGGAGAUUGUCGAGACGAUUGAGAAGAGUCAACAGAUGACAUCAUUACAGAUGAUGGGUAACACAAUGGGUGUUGAAGCUGCUGAAGUCAUAUCUAAAGCCCUUGCCAAACAUCCAGAGUUUGAGAGAGCCCGCUGGAGUGAUAUGUUUACAGGGAGGCUAAAGGCUGAAAUUCCAAAAGCUCUGAAACACCUGGGUGAAGGCAUAAUAUCAGCAGGGGCUCAGUUGGUGGAGCUAGACCUGAGUGACAAUGCCUUCGGCCCUAAUGGUGUGCAGGGCUUGGUGGACCUCAUAAAGAGCAGUAGCUGUUACACACUGCAGGAGCUCCGCCUCAACAACAAUGGGCUGGGCAUCACUGGAGGGAAGAUGCUGGCAUCCAGCCUUCUUGAUUGUCACAAGAGCAGUUGUGCAGCUGGCAGACCCCUUGCCCUUCGAGUCUUCAUAUCUGGUCGAAAUAGGCUCGAGAACGAGGGCACUACAAAACUGGCAGAGGUUUUCAAGGCUAUUGGCACACUUGAAGAACUGGCUAUGCCCCAGAAUGGAAUCAACCACCCCGGUAUAUUAGCUCUUGCUGAUGCAGUGGCUGUCAACAAACGUCUAAGAGUACUCAAUCUUAAUGAUAACACAUUUACAGAAAAAGGCGCCAAAGCCAUAGCACAGGCCCUACCUAAACUUGAAAAUUUAGAAGUAAUUAACUUUGGUGACUGUUUACUACGAAAUGAAGGAGCAAGAGCCAUUGGCAAGGUUUUAAAUGAGGGUCAUAGAAAACUAAAGGAGUUGAUAUUGUCUGGCAAUGAGAUUGGCAGUUCCGGUGCUAACAGUGUGGCAGAGAGUCUUGAAGACAAGGAGCAUCUGGUGAAAUUAGACCUCAAUGCCAACAUGCUGGGGGAGGAUGGCAUUGAACUGGUACGAGGAACAAUGGAAGCUGUAGGCAAAGAUCACGUCCUGGCAUCUUUCAGUGAUGAUGAAGGAAGUGAUGAGGAGGAGGAAGAUGAGGAAGGGGAGGAAGAAGAAGUAGAAGAUGAAGAAGAAGGGGAACUCAAUGACGAUCCUGCUCUACAGGUCAAGGGUCAAGCAGUCACGCCAGUCAAACAGGUCUCUGCUGCUGAUUUCCUGGCCUUUCCCUCACCAACGAAGUUGUUAGGCAUGGGCCACUCAAGAGCUGCAACUUUGAAACAACAACUCGGGUAUGAAAGUGAAGAUGCUGAGAAAGUUGUGGAGACGGUGAUGCGGGUUGCUGCCGUGGUUCGACAAGACGAUGACAAAACAAAAGAUGCUGCUACAGAGUGUGCUGAUGUUCUUCUUGAGGGAGUGAUGAAGAGGGAAUAUGCUUCAUCCCAGGUUGCCAAUGCCAUACUGGUGCAGCUGGGGCUCAUCAAGGGCGAAGACAAGAAGUUCAAGCCAAUGACUGAUAUCUCUGGACCUCUCAUUGUCCUGGAUCACGUUGUCCAGCAGUCCUACUUCCCUAAGCUUGCCCGUGACAUCCUCCAGGUGUUUAUCAGCAAACCUGGCACCCAGUUCGAGAAGUGUUCCCAGGCCCAGCACAAGCUGCUCCAGACACUCUAUGCUUUCUGAGCUUGGCCCAUUGCCGUUGUUGAACUCAUCAUUGUUAAACUGUAAAAUGUACAAAUAAAACUGUAAAUACAUACUUGCAA